GUGAUAAUGCCACGCAAAAGAAGAAUAUCGACGUCUUACUUAGACGAGGAAGAUUAUUCAAUGGAUGAAAAGUACAGCAAAGUUCGGGCACCAAGAAAUGCCGCAAAUGCACGAGAAAGAGCGAGGAUGAGAGUUUUAAGCAAAGCUUUUUGUCGUCUUAAAACUACUCUUCCUUGGGUCCCUGCUGAUACUAAGCUCAGUAAAUUGGAUACACUUCGAUUGGCCGCUACUUAUAUUGCUCAUCUCAGGGCUGUUCUAAGGGAAGACACUGAUAGUCAAUUAGAUUCGUCAAAACCUUUGUCUCUUACUUUGUCAUGGCCGUUUGCCUAUCAAAACAAUACAACACCCUCAGCCCUGGUAAACACAAGUUGUCCCGUAUCAUCGACAUCCGAAUCAUCGCAUUACAAUCAAUAUUGUCUUCGUCAACAACACGAAUCAAACGAAGUACAGCGUUACCAAAAUUUGUCCAAUAGAUAUAAUCACGAGUCACAUCAAAUAUACUAUUAA